UCAUGGCGGAACCUUUAAUAGACACCUGUUUUCCACCAGGACCUCAGCAGGCCGAACACCAACGUGCCACAUGUAAACAACACCGGAGAAGUUGAGUGAAAGCCUCGUUAUCAGAGAUGUAGUGUAUUUAACACGUGUUAUUAACAUGACGGACAUUUUAAACCUGGUGUUCCGGACCUUCGCUUCCCCCUCGGAGCUCCGGGCGGCUCCUCCUGCUGCGGCUCCCCGCUGCAGCGCCCUCCUGCUCGGGGAGAACAGCCUCGGCCGCUCGGUGCUGCUGCUCGCGGCCGUGACCGCCGCCUCGCACCCGGGGCUCAGGGUCGUGUUCUUCACCCGGACCCUGAUCCGGAGCCUCCCGGCCUCCCUGCAGAAACUGGUCCCGAGUCCAGAGAGUCUGAAGAAGAUCCGGUUCUGCUACCCCCGGACGGUGGAGGAGCUGCUGCAGCAGGUGGCCGCCCUGCACGAGCCCCCCCACACGUCUCCUCCCUCCCUGAUCAUCGUGGACGGGCUGGAGGGCUUCCUGCUCGGCUCCACAGGGGGCAGCCACAGAGAGCUGCACCCGGGGGGGCAGUCGUGUGCGGCCCACCUGUCUGCGCUGCUGUGUGACACCGCUGCAUUCCUCUCACGCCUCCUGGAGCAGCGAUCCUCCGGCUCCGGCCCCUGUCGCGUCAUCGCCUCGUUCCAGUCGGUGGUCGACGCUGGACCAGCGAGCAGGGAGCCGUCUGCCUCAGAUCCCAUCCUCGAUAUCCUCGAUCGCUACUUCCAUGUGCGCUGCACGCUGGACCCGGACGCAGGAUAUGAGGCGGCAGCAGCUGGACUGCAGCAGGUGUGGCACGUUUACCUCUCUGGCCGAGGCAUCACAGAGGCAUCGAGUUCUAAAGACUGUGGGGACGGAACCGCUGUGGCCCGGGAGUGGAAGCUGCUGCUGUUUCCAAAUGGUUUAAUGGAGUUUAAGGUGGUUUAAAAUGUCAGUUUCAAGAACUUGAGCUGUGAUAUGUAUUUGUUGACUCAGGGAUUGUUUCUGCUCAGAUGUACAAAUGCAAAUGCACAUUUUCAGCAUUUAAGGAGCUUUCCAGUGACAGUGAGACAUGUUAAAGUUUAACAGUUCUUGGUCUCUGUUUAUCUUUAUGUGUUUUCAUUUAUUUCAUUGAGCAUUUCUUUUCAUUGUUUGACUGUUAUUGCUGAUCGGGUUCAAUGUAAUGCAUAAAUGUGCUGUUCAACAUUUUCUUUAUAAUUUAAAUGGACCACAAUGGUUUGUAGAUGUAAAAUGUUUAAUGAGUUAAACUUUGAAAUCAUACACAGAAGUAAAAGGUCAA